CGCAAUGCGGUGCUCUGAAAACAAUUGGGCUGCCAUGCAGUACUGUAAAACAAAAUUUCUCAGUAAAUCGGCCCGCAAUGCGGAGCUCUGAAAACAAUUGGGCUGCUAUGCAGUACUGUAAAACUAAAUACUGAGUACGUCGGCCCGCAAUGCGGUGCUCUGAAAACAAUUGGGCUGCUAUGCUGUACUGUAAAACUAGUUACUCAAUUAAACAUUCUGCUAUGAAAACUUAAACUUAACUAUUCAAAUUCAAAGUAUAUUUCCCACCUCUCCCUCCCUUUCCGCUCCUCUCAUCCGUACCAACCCUCAGACUGCGUUUCUUUUCUUUUCUUUUUCGGAGGUUGCCCCAGUUACCGGAAACCUGAUACAAGGAAACAGGCGGGAAGCAGGUUAUGUUGGCAAUUUGCGGCCGGGCGGCAGUUUAACCUCAGACGCAGUCCGUUACAGUAGUUCGAAGCUUUGGUGCCUUUGUGGAAGAGUUUGGUUAUAAAGAUGUCUGAGCAAGCAGGGCAGCAAGCCCUCCUUAUGUCCGUGCCACUCGCGGGGGCCGCCCAAAUGUUCCUUGACAUCGCGGGAGGACAGCGCGGCGGCGGCGGCGGCGCCAGACGUGAACGAGGUGGUCAUCACGGCGGUAGCUACCGACAUGGACGUGGUCAUGGGCGUGGAGGUGGAGGACAUCACGGCGGUGGCGGUGGCCAUGGCCAGGGAGGACGCGGGCGCGGAUCCAGCCGGGGAGGACAACAUGGCGGCGGGCGCGGCCUACACCGGGUAGCGCAGGGCCGCGUUGAGAGGCAGCGGCAGCAGAGCGCGCAGAGUAGCGGCCAACAGGCACCUGCACCAAUAUUUGAGAACUAUCAACUGAUCGGCGAUAGCAUGAUAUCUAGGAUAUCACCAAUUAGGGCGAAGUACAACGCACAAAAGGCUAAACAGAUUGGCUAUGUUGUCCAUGGACAAACUUGCAGUCAACUGCACAGGCUUAUCAAGUCAAAAUCUUGCCCUCCCUUAGCAAAGAGGCUUGCCAUUUUAAUUGGCACAAAUGAUGCACUGAAGAAUGUCCCACUAGAAUGCACGAAAAAUGCGCUCAUUGCGGUUCUAAAAUGCUUCAAAGAGAGUGAUUCUAUAGUCCUUAUGACUAUUCCACCAAUUCCUCGGCUGGACAGCCAGGAAAAGGUGGAUGGCAUAAAUGCCCUCAUAAAGGAGGUUGCAAAAGGCAUAGAUAAUGUACAUGUGUUUGAUUUGCACAAGUUGUUUGUAGAUGAAAGUGGCACCCCAAAAAUGGGUCUGUUUCAGAGGACAUUUCAAAGUGGAGAUAUUGAUCUCAUACACUUCAAUAAGGAGGGCCAAAGUUUAGUGAAGACCAAACUCUCUGAGUUUUUUAAAGCGAUUGAGGUUGCAACUGGACUGCAGCAAUUAAAGGUAGCUACCAGCUAAAGGCCCAUUUGGGGCUAACCUAAAUUGGCCAAUGAUUUGUUAAUUUGUUAAAUGAAUAAAACUAAUUUUCUG